GAUUCUGCAUUACACCAACCGGUCAUCCAAUGAUCCUCAAGUCUCUUUGUCUGGUUUGCGGUGUCUGUUACUGAAUAACACACAGAGAUCAGACACUGAAAUACUUUAAUAACUUUACGGCUCAUCUUUAUUAUUUUCCUUAACACCAACAUCAACAUGAGGAAGAUCUCUUUACUCUUCAUCAUCUCUUUAUCCAUCAACGGUGUGUUUGGUGAUGAAGUGAAGUCAGUGUCAGUGAUGGAGGGAGAUUCUGUUACUCUACACACUGAUAUUACUGAAAUAAAGAGAGAUGAUUUAUUAAAUUGGAUAUUUAAUAAAGACAAUUAUAUAGCUCAAAUAAACAAUAAGGUCAAUUUGAUUUCAAUAUAUGAUGAUGUUCUUGAUGGGAGAUUCAGAGACAGACUGCAGGUGAAUAAUCAGACUGGAGAUCUCACCAUCACAAACAUCACAACUCAACACACUGGAGAUUAUCAUCUAGAGAUCAAUGGAGAAAAGAUUACAGGACAGACAUUCAGUGUUAGUGUAAUUCAUGUUGAUCCAGAUGAGAUGAAGUCAGUGUCAGUGAUGGAGGGAGAUUCUGUUACUCUAAACACUGAUGUUCUUGAUAAUAAGAAAUAUGAUGUGAUACUGUGGAGGUUUCAACAUGAAAACUCUCCUCUAGCUGAACUCAACAGAAAAACAGCUUUCUUCUCUACAUUUGAUGAUGUUCAUGAUGGGAGAUUUAAAGGAAGACUGCAGCUGAAUGUUCAGACGGGAUCUCUCACCAUCACAAACAUCAGAAACAAACAUGCCGGACUUUAUGAAGUAGAUAUCAGCAACAGCAGUUCACACACCAUCCAUCAGUCAAUCACUGUUACUGUCAGUGGUGAGUAAAUCAAACCUUAUAAUAUAAUAAUCUAGCAGGCAUAUGACUGACCUUCAACGUUAAAAUAUGGUUGAAAUAAUUUCAGUUCUUGUUUCAACGUUAAAGCAACAUUGAUACAACAUUUAAUUGCAAAAUGUUAAUAAAAUGCUUAAAAAUCAACUUUUGGGUGAAAAUUGGUUGAAAUAAUGUCAGUUGUUUGUUCAAAGUUGAUUCAGUUUGGAAAAUCAAAGGGUAAUUCAACAUUGAUUCAACCUUGUCUUUGAUUCAGCAGUAAAUCAACAGUGAAAUGCUGGCUGGGAAAGAUCUGAUUCAGAUCUUAUGGCAGUGUGAAUAAUUAAAAUGUAAAUAUUUGGCUCAGUGUUUAAAUUAUGUCAAAGAUUAUGGGGUCCCCUAGCUAAGCCCCCCAUCAUUACAUUUUUUUUGUUUGUCCUGGAUCAAUGUUUUAAUAAAAAUACUUAAUUACUCUGAACUCAAACCCUA